AUGACAUCAUUGUUUCAUAAUUUCAUAUUCUAUGUACAUUUACAACCAUAUCAGAGUAUAAAGAUUACGAGAAUCAUAGAAUCAUUGAAUGGUCACUGUCAUCAUAGUUUUCAAUAUGAUAAGACCACACAUGUAAUAUCAAAUACUUUAGAAGAGUUACCAAGAGAUAUUCAAAAAUUAAAUUCAAUACAUAAAGUUGUUGUAGUAAAGUUAUCAAAAGAGAGUCAGUUGAAUGUACAGGCAUGGGUAGAAUUACACGGUGGUAAAUUCAGAGUAUCGUUCGAUCAGCGAUAUACACAUCUUCUGACGGACGAUAUCAGUAGGUUCAAGAAACAAGACUAUUCACUACCGUCGAGAUUGAUCGUUGUUUCAACCGAGUGGUUCAAUCAAUGUGUUCUCAAUGAGUGUUGGGUAAAUGAGAAGCCAUUCAUACAGGCACUGCCAGCCACCUCACCAAAGCUAUUCUCACCAUUCACAUUCUUCAUACCGAAUGAUAACUAUCCAAGCGAUCUUAUCGUCAAAGAAGCGAUCACCGAGCGAAUCAAACAGUACGGUGGUAACACUGCAACCACCAUUGAACAAUCAAACAUAGUAAUACUUCAAUAUCAAACGGAUCCAACUUAUGAACUUACAAUUAAAAUGAAUUUGAAAUCAGCAACAACCGAUUGGAUUAACGAUUGUAUUGUUCAAGGUUGUAUUAUAAAGUUAUCGGAAUCAGUUUUGUAUAGACCUAUUCGAUCUAAAGAUAGUGUCAUCGGUAGUGAAUGUAAAUAUAGGAUAUCGAUUACCAAAUACGAUGGAAUGGAAAGAGAUCACAUCAAAGGUAUGAUAGGCAUCAUUGGUGCAACCUAUACCAGUGAUCUGUCAAGUGAGAAUACGCAUCUAAAUCAAUGA